AUGAAUACAUCGCUGAUCGAGCACGUGCUUAGCCUGCAUGUGCAGGGUGGCGACGACGGCGGGGUCUGCGGCGGCGGCGGCUGCGGCGCGCUGGGCGCGGAGGACCUGACAGUAAGCUAUAAAAAUAUUCUGGACCAGAAUCUCAAUGGAUUGUGCCGCCAUCGAAGCUGGUCGUCGCUGCAUGUUGAUGCGCCUUCUGCGUUGGUCCUCCACCCCGAGGUCCUCCGCUCUGAGCGCUCUGCGGCCGCGCUCUUGAUGCGCUGCGAAGGCUCGUCGCGAAGGCCUCGUCGCAGAAGGCUCGUCGCGAAGAGCUCGUCCGAAGGCUCGUCGCGAAGCACUCGCGCGAAGGCCUCGUUCACGAAGGCUCGUCGCGAAGCUCGUCGCGAAGCUCGUCGCGAAGGCUCGUCGCGAAGUCUGCUCGCGGAAGGCUCCGUCGCGAAGGCUCGUCACGAAGGCUCGUCCGCGAAGGCUCGUCGCGAAGGCUUCGCUCGCUAG